CCUCCCCAGUCCGCCAGCUUGGGAACCAGAGCUCCGCUCAGCGCUCCAGCAUCCCUUUGCUGCGCGCCGCCGCGCUUUCUCCUGGGUUUUGGACCCCCUAGCCUCGCCCCCGAAACAUGACUCGCGAUUUCAAACCUGGAGACCUCAUCUUCGCCAAGAUGAAAGGUUAUCCUCAUUGGCCAGCUCGAGUAGAUGAAGUUCCUGAUGGAGCGGUAAAGCCACCCACAAACAAACUGCCCAUCUUCUUUUUUGGAACUCAUGAGACAGCUUUUUUAGGACCAAAGGAUAUAUUUCCUUACUCAGAAAAUAAGGAAAAGUAUGGCAAACCAAAUAAACGCAAAGGUUUUAAUGAAGGCUUGUGGGAGAUAGACAACAAUCCAAAAGUGAAAUUCUCAAGCCAGCAGGUAUCAACUAAACAGUCAAAUGCAUCAUCUGAUGUUGAAGUUGAAGAAAAAGAAACUAGUGUUUCAAAGGAAGACAGUGAUCAUGAAGAAAAAACAAGCAGUGAGGAUAUGACUAAAGCAGUUGAUAUAACCACUCCAAAAGCUGCCCGAAGAGGGAGAAAGAGAAAGGCAGAAAAAGUAGAAACCGAGGAGGCAGGAGUAGUGACAACAGCAACAGCAUCUGUUAAUCUAAAAGUGAGUCCUAAGAGAGGACGACCUGCAGCCUCAGACGUCAAGAUUCCAAAGCCAAGAGGCAGACCCAAAAUGGUAAAACAGCCUUGCCCUUCAGAGAGUGACAUGGUUGCUGAAGAUGACAAAAGUAAGAAAAAGGGGCAAGAAGAAAAACAACCUAAAAAGCAGCCUAAAAAGGAUGAAGAGGGCCAGAAGGAAGAAGAUAAACCAAGGAAAGAGCCAGACAAAAAAGAGGGCAAGAAAGAAAUUGAAUCAAAAAGGAAAAAUUUAGCUAAAACAGGGGUUACAUCAACCUCUGAUUCUGAAGAGGAGGGAGAUGAUCAAGAAGGUGAAAAGAAGAGAAAGGGUGGAAGAAACUUACAGACUGCUCACAGGAGGAAUAUGCUGAAAAGCCAACAUGAGAAGGAAGCUGCAGAUCGAAAACGCAAGCAAGAGGAACAAAUGGAAACUGAGCAGCAGAAUAAAGAUGAAGGAAAGAAGCCAGAAGUUAAGAAAGUGGAGAAGAAGCGAGAAACUUCAAUGGAUUCUCGACUUCAAAGGAUACAUGCUGAAAUUAAAAAUUCACUCAAAAUUGAUAAUCUUGAUGUGAACAGAUGCAUUGAGGCCUUGGAUGAACUUGCUUCACUUCAGGUCACAAUGCAACAAGCUCAGAAACACACAGAGAUGAUUACAACCCUGAAAAAAAUACGACGAUUCAAAGUUAGUCAAGUUAUCAUGGAAAAGUCUACAAUGUUGUACAACAAAUUUAAGAACAUGUUUUUGGUUGGUGAAGGAGAUUCUGUCAUCACACAAGUGUUGAAUAAAUCUCUUGCCGAACAAAGACAGCAUGAGGAAGCGAAUAAAACCAAAGAUCAAGGCAAGAAAGGGCCAAACAAAAAGCUAGAAAAGGAACAAACAGGUUCAAAGACUCUAAAUGGAGGAUCUGAUGCUCAAGACAGUAAUCAGCCACAGCAUAAUGGAGAUAGCAAUGAAGAAAGCAAAGACAACCAUGAAGCUGGCAGUAAGAAAAAGCCAUCCAGUGAAGAAAGAGAAACUGAAGUAUCUCUGAAGGAGUCUACAGUAGAUAACUAGGUUGACAUAUACAGUAUCUGGAAUGUAAGGAACAUUUGAGAAGUUUGUAGUAGUUUUGAAAUAUUUAGACUGCUGAAAGUUUUAAAUUUUUAUAAACAUAGGUUUUGAUGUUUAAAACUUAAGGGAGAAAAUCCCUUUAUCUUUGUUUAAAAGUUAAUAAACAUUAUUGCUAAUUGUACUUGUGCAGUAUUAACAGCUAUAUUAUACAGUAAAUGUGGGGUGAAAUCCACUUAAUGUUAAACUACUUUUCCAGACAUGGUUGUAGCAUAUUUUCAGUUAGUGUGUGUAUGUUAAUGUGUAAUUGGUAGAACAAAGUUAAAUUUUUAAAACUGCUACUUGUACAAAUAUUUCCCCUUUUCUCAGAUUCUGUGGGUUUUGUGCAUAGUUUUUACAAAUCUUGGAUUUAUCAGACUGUCUUUUCACUGUGGGUUUUGUAGAAGUUGAGCAUUUUUUUUAUGGUUGAUAAAAUGUUACUUCUAUACAAGUACUCCUUCCUUUUUAUCAAAAAAGUUAAUUUUAAUCUCAUUGUGCAACAUUAUCCUGCUUCUUUGUAACGUGUGGCCUGAUACCCCUUUGUAUGACAACUAGAUAUUCAAUGGACAUUGAACUGACAGUUCUGUAUGGUACAAAAACUCUUGUUAACUUUUGGAGAUAGUUUUUUGGCUGGGAAUUCAGUGAAGACAUACAACUUCCCUGCAAAAAAUAGAUGGGUAUAUAUGAGUUUGAUUUUAGGGUUCUGCCAUCUGAGAUCCUUUACAAGACACUAGUAAUGAAACCUGAAAACGAAGUGUUUAUUUUUGAGAAAUGUCAUAAGUCACACUCAUUAAGUCACAAAUAGUAUUUUUUUAAUUGGAAAAAAAUCAAUCUGUGAUGCUUAUGUGGUAAAUAUAAAUAAAUGCUAUAUGAAACAGUUAACUUAUUUGAAAACACAGCUAUAUUAGAAGGGAAUUUGUAUUUUCACUUCUCUAUCAUACAUGCAACAGGAUUACAAAGAAGUAGUUGUUCAAGGCAAUGCUAGUCUGUAUUUUGAUAUAUAUGGACUCAAUCAGGGAGAGCCAACAUUAACACAAAGAGUUAUUAACUAAAGGAUAACAUUUCUAAGAUACUUAAAAUAUUAGAUCAGUUGGCUUUCAAUAAGCAGAAAGAUUUGUUCUUAACGUUUUAAAAUUUUAUGAAUAUGGGAAAAUGACAUCAGUGCUUGUGUGUGACAUGCAGUGUAUGUUUUGACCUCUCAGACAGUGGCUUUCAUCUGUACAUAAUCUGAAUUAUUUCAGUAAUAGCAUUUUUGCUUUUGAGAGGUCUUACAAUAGAGCUAAGAUCUGCUAAUUUGAGGAACUCUGCUAUUAUAUAUCACUCGUGUGUCUUGUCCAUAAUAAUAAAAGUUUUGGACAGAUUUAUUCUAGGUAAGCCAUAAGUGUUGAUGUGUAAACUUGUUUUGAUUAAAGAACUUUUCUAUCAAA